AUGAUGAAACAGAUUCUGAGAGACAUGUACAUUGAUCCAGCCAUUUUGGCGGAGCUCAAUGAGGAGCAGAAGCAGAUCCUGUUCUAUAAGAUCCGAAAGAGUCAGGUAAGACGCUGGCAUGAAAGGGAGAAACAGGAGAACCAGGACCAGGUCAUAAGAAAGAAGGACAGCAGAAGAAGUAUCCAGUGGCUGAAGGGCAGAGAUGGGGAUGUGUGGGUUUGGGUGAUGGGUGACACUCCUGGAGAUAAGUCCUAUGAGGACAUCAUCAAGGAGCUGAUGGCGGAGAAAGCCAGACGACAAGCUCAGCAGGAGGCACAGGAGCUCUGGCGCGCCAAAGAAGCUGAGAUUGAGAAGAAGUUCCGGGAUGCUAUGGCAAAGGAGAAGGCCCGUUUUGUGGCUGGGAAGUGGAAAGAAGAUACAGAGGACAGGAAGGCUGCCAAGCAGGAAGAGGAACGCAUCCAGGGGGAGCUCAAGAAACAAGAGGAGGAGGAGAGACAGCAAGGUGAGAAGGAGAUAAAACAUGCAGAGGAAAAGAGAGCCAGAGAGCUGUAUAUCUCCCUAGAGCGGGAGCACAGAAAGAGUGAAAGGGAUGACAAGGAAUGGAAGGAGCAAUUGAGGCGCUCUAAGAUGGCCGACCAGGAGAUGCAGAGGAAGGCAAGGCAAGCGCGGGAUGAGUACAAGCACCAGUCCCUGCGAGCCAUAGAGAAGGGACGUGUGGCUGGGCUCAGUGAGCUGUUCCAGGAGGGCGUGGUAGUGGGGAACCUACCAACAGCAGCCCCCCUCAGGAGACAGAGCACCAUGCUCCAGUCGUCCUCGUCCGUCACAUAUAGCGCAGAUCCUGCCUGGGUGAGAGCCCCUAGGCCCGGAUCCAGAGAGUGUGUUCUGCUGUGGUUCAAAGAGGAGCAGAGGCCCAAACAGGCUGGCUUUGAGCGAAACAGCACCACCUUCGCCCCCUGGUUCCACGGUCUGAUUUCCAGACAGGAGUCUGAAACCCUGCUGAUGAACACAGCAGAGGGCUCAUUCCUGGUAAGGGUAAGUGAUAGGAUCUGGGGCUACACGCUGUCCUAUCGCACAGUCGACGGCUUUAAACACUUUCUGAUUGACGCGUCAGGGGACUACUACAGCUUCCUGGGUGUGGACCAGAACCGCCAUGCCACCCUGGCUGACCUUAUAAACUUCCACAAGGAGGAGGUAAUCACUACAUCAGGAGGAGAGCUUCUUCAGGAGGCAUGCAGAUGGACAGUCUUACCUAAGGACUGUGAGGUUCUCUUUCAUUGACCAUCUCAAAAACCCUUUGUGAACUACAGGAAAUCGAGACUCAAUUCCAUCAGUUACAAAACCCAGGAUUCUAGAUGACACUGAGGCUAAUAAUAAUUAUAGCACCUCAUAAUGGUACACUAACAUCAUUGAGGCUGAGUAAA